AAGUUGAAGCAAGCUGAAGAACGUAAAAGGAAGGAGGAGGAGGAGGAAAAAUUGAAGCAAGAGGAAGAGGAUCGUCGGAUGAAGGAAGAAGCUGAAAAAUUGAAUCAAGCUGAGGAACGUAGAAAGAAAGAGGAUGAAGAGAAGGUUAAACAAGAGGAAGAGGAACGUAAGAAAAAGGAAGAGGAAGAGAAACGUAAAAAGAAAGAUGAGGAGGAAAAAUUGAAACUGGAAGGGGAACGCAAAAAGGCGGAAGAAGAAAGGUUACAGCGAGAAGAAGAAGAGCGUAAGAAAAAACAGGCAGAAGAUGAAAGGAUACAAAAAGAAGAAGAGGAACAGAAGAGAGCGGAGGAAGAGAAAUUAAAACAGGAGGAGGCAUUUAAGAAGGAAGAAGCUGAGAAAUUGAAACAGGAGGAGGAAAAACGUAAGAGGCAAGAAGAGGAACAACGUUUGAAAACGGAGAGUGAACGCAAGGAAAAAGAAGAACAAGAAAGAUUAAGAAACGAAGAAGCUGAACGUAAGAAGAAAGAUGAGGCUGAAGAACUUAAACAACAAGAGGAGCAAAAGAAAAAGAUAGAGGCUGAACAAUUGAAACAGGAAGAAGAACGCAAGAAGAAAGAAGAGGAAGAGAACCUUAAACUGCAAGAGGAAAAGCGAAAGAAGGAGGAAGAGGCUGAAAAACUGAGGGAACAGGAAGAAGAAAAGAAAACUUUAGAAAUUGAAAAGUUAAAACAGGAAGAGGAACGUAAGAAGCAGGAUGAAGCUGAAAGAUUAAAACGAGAAGAGGAGGAACGCAAGAAAAAGGAUGAAGCUGAAAGAUUAAAAGAAGAGGAAGAACGCAAGAAAAAGGAUGAAGCUGAAAGAUUAAAACGGGAAGAGGAGGAACGCAAAAAGAAGGACGAAGCUGAAAGAUUAAAACAAGAGGAGGAACGCAAAAAGAAGGAUGAAGCUGAAAGAUUAAAACAAGAAGAGGAGGAACGCAAAAAGAAGGAUGAAGCUGAAAGAUUGAAGCAAGAAGAACAGAAACGAAAAGAAGAAGCGGACGCUAAAAAGUUUAAGGAGGAAGAGGAGCGCAUGAAGAUGCAGGAAGCUGAGAGAGCAAAACAAGAAGAGGAAGAACAAAAUAAACAGAAGGAAGUUGAGAGAUUAAAACAAGAAGAGGAAGAACAAAAUAAACAGAAGAAAGCUGAGAGAUUAAAACAAGAAGAGGAGAAACGUAGGGAACAGGAGGCAGAAAAACUGAAGCAAGAGGAAGAAAAGCGUAAACAGGAGAAAGAAGCCAAAAAACUGGAAGAGGAAGAGGAGCGCAAGAAAAAGGAAGAAGCUGAAAAAUUAAAGCUGGAAGAACAAAAACGAAAAGAAGAAGCAGAAGCUACAAAACUUAAAGAGGAAGAGGAGCACAAAAAGAAGGUGGAACAUGAGAGAUUAAAAGAAGAAGAGGAAGAACGUAAGACAAGGGAGGAAGCUGAGAAAUUAAAACAGGAAGAAGAAAAGCGUAAAGAAGAGGAAGCUAAAAAACUAGAGGAACAAACUCUUAAGAAAAAAGAGGAAACUGAUAGACUAAAGCAAGAAGCGGAAAAGCGUAAAAAGAAAGAAGAAGCUGAAAGACUGAAACAGGAAGAAGAAAAACAUAAACAAGAGGAGGAAGCUAAGAAACUGAAAGAUGAGGAAAAGCGUAAAAAGGAAGAGGAAGCAGAGAAAAUUAAACAAGAAGAAAAACGCAAACAGGAGGAGGAAUCUAGGAAACUGAAAGCUGAAGAGGAGUGCAAAAAGAAAGAGGAAGCAGAAAAACUGGAACAAGAAGAAAAAAAGCAUAAACAGGAGGAAGCGAAACGACUGAAAGAAGAGGAACGUAAGAAGGAAGAAGAAGCAGAGAAGCUGAAGCAAGAAAAAGAGAGGCAACAGAAAGAGGAAACUAAGAGACUGAAGGAGGAAGAAGAGCAGGAGAAGCGUAAAAAGGAAGCAGACUCCAAGAAAAAGGAAGAUGCCGAACGAAAAAAGAAGGAGAUAGCUGAAAAGUUGAAGCGUGAAGAAGAAAAUAAGAAGAAAUCAGAGGAAGAAAAAUUAAGACUGGACGAAGAGAAACGUAAAAAAGAGGCUGAAGCUAAGGAAAAGGAAGAAGCUGAAAGAUUAAAGCAAGAAGAGGAGGAUCGUAGAAGAAAAGAGGAAGUGGAGAAACUAAAUAAAGCUGAAUCCGAUAGAUUAAAACAAACGGAAGAGAAACUUCGAAAGAAAAAGGAAGAACGAAAGAAGGAACAGGAACAAAGGAAGAAAGAUCGGGACGAGCGAGCGAAAAAGGAAGGAGAAGAAAGAAUGAAACGCGAGGACGAAGAACGUAAGAGGAAAGAAGAGAAAGCCAAGUUGAGAAAGGAAGAAGAGGAUCGCAGAAGAACAGAGGACGCUGAAAGAAUAAAGAGAGAACUAGAACGAGACGCGCAUAGGCACGAGGAAGCCAAGCGUCGUCGCGAAGAACAAGAAAAGCAAAUCAGGAAAGAAACGGAAAGAAUCAGAAAAGCUGAAGAGGAACGAGUAAGGAAAGAAGACGAGACACGAGAGCGCAGGAGGAAAGAACGUGACCAGAGACGACAUGAAGAGGAAGAGAAAUUAUUAAAGGAAGAAGAAGAAAGGACGAAAAGAGAAGAGGAGCGUAGAAGAAAGAGAAAAGAGGCUGAGCGACAGUGGAGAGAAGACGAGGAAACUAUAAAAAGAAAAGAAACUGAACGUCUCGAAAGGAGAAGGGCUGAAGAACGCCUGAACAGGGAAGAAAUGGAACGUUUAAGAAGAGAAGACGAGGAAAGAAGACGCAGAAGGGACGAUGACAGACAAACCAGGCGGGACGAAGCAACGAAGGCGUUGAAAGAAGAGGAGGAUCGAUUAAGAAAACGACAGGAAGAGGAAGCCUCCAGACUCCGAAAACGAAGGCAAGAACAAUUGAGAGACGACAGUUGGUCUAGAAUGAGGCAAAGCGAAUCAGACCAACUCUUACGAAAAAUUACGGACGACACGAGGUUCGUGAGAGCCAAAGGCGUUUCUUCGGAUAUAGAGUUUUGGAGGGACAGGCGCGAAAAGGCUCAACGACACGAUUUUGGCUUCGAAUCGGCGCUUUCGAGCGCUUCGAGAUCGUACAGCUGGAGAGAUUCUCUGGCCUGUUUGACCAAACGACGAAUCGACGAUUUUCUUGAUUAUAAAUUAAGAGACACCUCGAUGGAGAGGUAUUACUUCGACACAGGUUCGUACUACAGACGAAGAAGGAAGAGGGACGAUAGAAUUACGCGGGCGAGAUCGAUCAGUUUGUUGAAGUAUGACGACUACUCGAUUGGGGACAUUGACAAAGGUACCAUCGCUUAUAGCUCCCUUAGACCUCCAAGAUACAGCAGGCCAAUGACUACAUCUAGGACUGAUCUUGAUGCAUCGAAUCUUUCGCUGUACUUGCCUCCUGUUACCAGCGAGAUGUUACCACGCGAGAAAGGAAAGAAACCAUCAUUCUGCACAAGAUUAACCAACAGAACUGUAGGUGUUGGUAUGAGAACGAGACUAACGUGCACCGUUCUUGGAUACCCAGAACCACGUGUAUAUUGGACGAAAGACGGGGAGAAACUAGACAUCACUUCGAGUCGAUAUCGAACUCGGUUUGACAAUGGUAUGGCUUAUUUCGAACUGCAUGAAGCCCUCCCCGAAGAUUCCGGACUGUAUACAUGUGUUGCCGAGAAUGUUCAUGGAAUUGCGACCACCGAGUCCUCAUUAAAAAUUUACCCCGAUUUCCAACCGGCACUGUCACCCCCUACCUUCACGAGAUCUAUUAAAGACACUUAUCGAUAUUCGGACAACGAGUUGCUCUUGGAGUGUCGAGUGCGUGGCAAUCCUACUCCACUUAUCUCCUGGCUGAAGGAUGGUUGCAUUCUCCAGGGCGACCGCUACAGGCAAAGUUACUUGGACGAUGGCAUCUAUCGACUGAAAAUUGCUGCACCAAGUUUGUCGGACAGUGGUCGUUAUACGUGUAGAGCUAUGAAUGAUCUACGUACCGAAGAAAUAUCGCAUGUGGUUCAGUUCGAUGAACGAACUCGACGAGGUGCUGCGGCCAAACGAGAGAAAACUUUCGACGACUACUUCAGCGCUGAAACGUUCAAGAGGCCACGAUUCUCCAAUUACUUGUCGGAUUAUAGUGUUCCCACGGGCGGGACAAUUGCCUUACAAGUUGAAGUGAAAGGUAUGCCCGCGCCGGAAGUGAGAUGGUUCCGUGGCGAAAGAAAGGAACCGGUCAGUGUUCCGAAAGCAAAAACGUUCGCUGAAUCCGGUGUUCAUACACUGAUCCUGCCAGAGGUUACCGAAUCGGAAAGGGGCAUGUACAUUUGUCGAGCAAUUAACGCGUACGGACAUGUGGACAGUAUGGCCACGGUGGACGUGAUAUCGCCGAGUGCGAUCGACGGCGGGAAACCGGCCAUGUUCGUUUCGAGACCCGUCGACAAAUCGAUCACCGUCACCUCUGGCGAGGAUGUCAGCGUGUCAUUUAGAUGUUCUGGAAAUCCGAAACCACGUGUGACCUGGAUGAAAGGACUAAGAGACAUCACCGACGGUCCUCGAUCUUACAAAGAAGCCAUCGAUGAUUACGUCAGACUGACCUUGAAAAGAGUCGUACCCUCGGACGAAGGUACUUAUUGCAUAUUGGUCAAGAACAGACAUGGCUGCGAUAGAAGUUUCUUCUCGAUUAAGGUGAAACAACGCGCCAGGUCACUGACGCCCGACUGGAGUACGCUCAGCAGCCGCACCGAUACCGGAAGUCUUCUUUGCCUGUCGACUGAGAGUCGUGAGGAUGAUAUGUCCUACGUGAAGAAUCUUCCUGGACCAAUUAGUAGCGAGCCAGUCGUGGUCGAUGGAGGAAAAAAUUGGUUGUCCCUAAGUUGGGGCAAAGCCGAACAGAGAGGGCCUGCCCCUGUCAUCGCCUACAGGGUUGACGGUUGGAUGCUUGGUAGUGACGGUGGUGCACGAUGGGUCGAGUUGGGUAUGACACCAAUCAACGCCUUCGACGCGUUCAACUUGAAGCCCGGUGGCGAGUACAAGUUCCAGGUGACGCCACGGAAUCGAUACGGUUGGGGUGAGUCCGUCACAAUGACGAAUUCCGUCAAGGUCAGCGAGACCGUCGAUCUUCCGGAGUUCACGAAAAUCUUGCCAGGUCAGCUCAAGGUCCUCGAGGGAACCACAGUUAAAUUGGAAUGCGAGAUUCGCAGCGAUUCGAAAAUCGAUAUAAAAUGGUACUACGAGUCAACCGAAAUAGAUCCCGACAAUCAUCCCAGGUGUUCGAUCUCGCGUAACGGAUCGAAGUGUUCGCUCACGAUCGAGAAGCUUCAGGAGAUUGAUUCCGGCAGAUACGUUUGCGAAGCGGGCAACUUGGUUGGCAAAGUCUCGUCGUUUGCCAGAGUGCUCGUCGUCAAUGAUCCGAAGAUCAUUGAAGCCGAUGCUAAACUGAAAUCAAGUGAGUUGGGAGACGACUUGGAAGACAGACCGCCACAAUUUUCCAUGAGAGUUCGAGACAGAAGAGUUCAGGCGUCGUAUCCUGUCAGGUUGACAUGUCAAGUGACAGGACACCCUGCUCCAGAAGUCAGGUGGUUCAAGAAUGGCACAGAGAUCCGUCAAGAUGGUAAAAGAACUUUGAAUUCUGUAUUAAAGACAUUACCACAUUAA